GUAUAACAUAUUUGACAACCGACGUAAACAACGAACAGUUCAGUUUGACUUGUCACGGAGAAAAAAGUGCCUAAAAUUUCCGAAUGAACUAUAUUUUGAUAAGCUUUGUAGAGUAACCAACAGAAUGCAAUGCAAGAAGAUGAGAGGAGUCGGAUGUCACUGUCAGACAUGCAGUCUGAGGCUAAGGCAACUACUGCUGGAAGAGGGAAAGGGAAAAAUGGAGAUAUCAAGAAGCUAGUUAGAUCUGAAGUCAAAAGGAUUAUGGAGGCACAACACCAAUCCAUGAUGAGUAUGCUCGACACAGCAGGAACAUUAAUACUGAACAAUCUAGAGCAAACGACUGAUGGACAGCAUCAUGCUUGCACAAAUGGUUCCAUGUCCUCAAACGGAAAUGAGGGCCAUCAGAACAAAACUGAUCAAGAUUUACCAGACCAGGCUGAACAACAAUCAAUAGCAGGCCCUUCAUAUGUAACAGAAACAAAGAAAAGUCACAGUGUUGGAGAGGAUAGUUCUAGAGACAAAGGUUCACGCACUCCUGAUGGUGAAGUUCAGGUUGAAACUUUCGCUGAUUCUGCUGCCCAGGCGAGUAAAGGAACUAAUGGAGUUCCUCCUUUGAAGCUUGAGGACCUGGCUAGCUCUAGAGAACCCAGUUACCAUCACAAAGGAAGACCUCCAAUGUCUGCAAGAAGCAUUCCAGGAAUGAUGACAGGAUUUCCACUUCUAACCAUUCCAAAAGACGAUGGUAGGGGUGAGCAGGGUGCUGUGGGCAUGGUAGGGGGGAGUGAGUAUGACUUGAUACCCACCAGGGAACGGGACAGUGCGAGAGGUCCCAGUCAUGACAGAAAGGACAUAGUUCUUUUGAAAGUGUUACCAGAAAGGACAGUUGCUUCCUCACCACCAAGGAGGGGUCGAGUCGAACCCCCUCAGUACAAGCAAUCUUUUACUUUUGAUAAUCGUACACCGCGUGGCCCACCGAACUAUGCCCUUCAAGGAAUACCGCAGAAGGUGAUUAGUGGGAUGCCUCUGCUGAGGAUACCCCCAGAAACAGAUUACAAAUUUCCUGUCCCUCAACAUUCCAAUGUCCCCUACUCACAAAUGAAUCAGCCUAAGAUGAUGCACCAAGGUGACCAGACACAUGCUCCUCCAUACGCGAUUGGUCAUCAUGGCCCACCUGGGCAUACUCCACGUGAAGCAUGGGGGAAUCGACCGGCAGAAGGGGCAUAUUCAGUGUACCCUCUACAAGGGAAGAUUGAUAUCCCACUUUUGAGAAUUGACAGUGCCAAACCUACCAUGGCUGCACCACAGUCGAUGCAACAUGCUCCUGUGCGAAGUCAAGUGCCAUCAAAACCUUCCCAAACAGAAAGAACUAGAAUCAACCUCCCGCUCCUGCAUCUUAAAAACCCCGAGCCGCAACAUCUACUGCAAGCGAACUUUAAAAGGCCUCUCCAGCCAAAGCUUCCAAUUGUUUCUCCAGAGGAGAUCCUUGCUUACCAACAGGAGAAAAGGAGGCAAGAGCUGGCAAGGGAGGAGGAAUUUAGGAAGCAAAAUGGGGGACAAAUGCAACUCUUGCAUCUGGAGCCAGAACAAACUACAGAUGUGCUUGCCACAACCUCUAGACAGAGAAGAAGAGAGAGAUUGGAAAGCAAAGAAAAUGAUUCCAGGAUGGACCUCGAACCAGGACAAAAGAAUGCAAAAAUCAGGAAAUCAAAUACCCAACCCAAACACUUCCAGAAAGGCAGGAAGUCUUCAAAGGUUAAUGAUAUGAUUUUGAAGGAAGUUUCGUCUGAUGAGGAGGAGGUGAUGGAGAGGGUGCCUCCCAUACCAUCUCCGAGAGGAAGGGUUGUUAUGGUGAUACCAAAAGAAGAUGAGACGGAGCCCUCCAGGCAGAAAGAGGCAGAAGAGAAGGUUAUGCAAGUGGGAUCAAACAACAAGAUGGAGACUGAUGUCAAGGAAAGACCUAAACUGACCACACAUGAUGUAGAGACCCAAGUAUCUGCUGUAGGAGCUGGCUAUGCCAUAAAACCAGGAACGUAUGAUGAAGCACUUAGUGACCCUGAUGCCCGCCCUCUAUUGCCAACCUCUGCCCAGAUCCACUACGAGACUGUCAUGAAGCUUCAACAACCCCCUCCUGUGGUCACAACAAGAGAGGCUGAGACACAGGUGAAGGAUGUGAGGGAAACAGGCACAUCGACGGAAGGCAGAGAAAGCUUGGAUAUCAUACAGGAAAGACUUGCCAGAAGGAGGACUGAUCGAUCACAAGAAGCUAAGCCCACCAUUGAAGAAGUAGAAGAACAAUACACCCAAGUUGCGACAGGUCUUAACAAAGCUGGUAACAUCAUUGCACCGGAUAUCUUCUUUGGACUAAGAUUCAGAUCAGGAGAAGAGCAGACAUCCAGUGCAACAGGACCUGAUACCGGUCAACCAGGCUCAUCGGGGCGAGAUUUCAUUCAUGUUGCUGAUAUUAAUGCUGAUGAUGUAUUCAGAGAUAUACCUCAACAUCCGGACUCCAAGGAUUUCAAAGGGAGACGGAGAAGAGAGGAUGACGACUACCAAUACCCUGAGAAAGAUGGCUCAACCAGAAGAUCAUCCGGAGAGAAAGGAUCCAAGAGAAGGAGAGAAGACGAUGGCACGGAGGAGGAGGAUCAGGCGACCAUAGCAGAGCUCCACUAUAAUUCCCUUUUCCACCGGGAUGCGGUCCCUGCUGAUGGGCUAGCUCUCCUGGAGGAUGAUGGGGAUGGGAUGGAUGGGGCAGAGAGGAGGAAGAGGAUUGGUGAUGAAGUGACGAGGAAGCUGCUGGAGGCAAAGCUAGAUAAAGCAGAGAGAGGAAUGAAGCUUGCCUCAGAGAUCAGUUCUUCUCGCAACCAAUCUAAGAAUCGUAUCCAGAAUCAGUUAGCCAACAUGAAUGAGCGAUUGGGAGCUAUUGAUGAGGUUUCUCAGUCCAUGCAGAGAGAUUUCAACAACACCAAACUGCUGCUUCAUACUGUUGAAAACCUGUCUGAAGCCAUGGCCCAGCAACUGGGCGACGCAAGACCAAGACCUGACUACUCCCUUAAAGACUACAAACAACCCAAGACUGUUGUGGAAAGCCCGAAGACACCUCCACUGUCAACGGAUGAUCUACCCAUUGAUGUGGAUGCUGAGAAGGAAGAGGAGAGAAAGAAGGAUGAAGAGACGAAGGAAGAUGAGAAGAAGGAUGUCAAGUUUGAAGUGGAGAAACUGGAGGAAGAUGGAGAGGUGGAUGAAGAGGAAGAUGAUCAUGGAGACAUUGAAAGGACGUUGGUGACGGAGGGGAACCUGACCCUCGGAAUCUCAGGCAUCAGUGGGGUCAGUGACAUCAUCGCUGAGGUCAUCGCCGGGGACGACGUGGACGCUGAUGAGUUUGGACUCACCGAGCAGCAGAAGAGAGCUGCCAAGAAGCGUGUUCAGACUCGGCAUGACAGCUUCACCGAAGAAGACUUGGUUGACAUCCCCCUCACCAGUCUGACGGACAGACAGCUCCGACAGAUCUUCUCCCCUCGGUCGGCCUCUUCCCCCGAGGAGAGGACCAAGCCCUGGCCCUUCGCUGCCAAGCCUGAGGGGCGCUCUGCUGAGGAGAGACAGAAGAUCAAGGAAUGGAUGGAGAGAAGGAGAGUUCAGCAGAUAGAGGAUUAUAAGAAGAAGAGGGGAGAGAAGAGUGAGAGGGAGCAUAGGCCGUUCAGACCCAAAGGGGACUCCUUGAAGCAGAUUCCAACAUCAACUAUAGAAAUCAAAAGGGCAGAGGUCGAGAAGAAGACAAAGAGGCAAAUCAAGUCUCAUGAUCACCAUGAGGACAGAAUAGCUCAGGCUAAGGACCUGAUGGCAGAGAUUUUUGAGGACACACCAAAUCUUCCUCUCAGACCCUUGAUAGAACCGCCGUGUAAAGACCGCUCUGACAAGCUGAGAAAGCAGGCGACAUCAGUGCGAGGUACAGCUACUCCAACAGCCAGACAGCCGUCAUCCAGAGCAGCCGCAACUCCACAACCGUCUACGAGAACUGUCGCAACACCACAACCCAGGGCUGGUGCUGACUCCAGAAUGUCAGGCACUCGGGUUCUUGGCGAUAGAAGCAAUGUGGCGAAGAACGAUGGACGAGGUCAGCAAGGUGGAAGAACACUGCCCAAAGGAACCUACAUGUUUAUUGACAGUGAGGCCUAUCAAGGUCCUGCUCGGGAAAGAAACAGACAUGAUGAUUAUGACCACCACCAAGAGAGAGAUCAGACCGAGAAUAGGCAACAUGAGCAUCCUGCGUUCAGGGGAAGCACCGACAGGAGACCUCCUCGAAGAUCUUUCCAGGCUAGCAUGGAGCGCUCUGUCCAGUUUGCGGAUCCCAGGCGAUCAAGCGAUGAAGACCUGCAGCUGGUUCUAGCAGAAAUGUCCGACUUGGUCACACCACGUAGCGAGGACAGUGACCAUGCAAGCAGCCAUCACGAACUUGAGUCUGCGGCUGGGACGUACUACAAACCCAAGUCGUUCACCGAGGUUGUACGGGUGCAAAGACCGGAGGUGACAAGGAAGAGGGAAGGGACUCCCAGGAAACCAAAGACCUAUACUGAUAUGCUGCAGGAGAUGAAAGCUGAAGUAAGCUCUAGCAGAGCUCCAUCGUCUGUCAAGUCAAAACAACGGCUCUAUGGUACAACAAGAUUGCCAGGAUGGAAUAAGAACAGAAAGCAGUACACAAAGACACCCAAGACAUACACAGAGAGGCUGGCAGAGAUGAGAGGCGCCCAAGGCACAGGGGGUCAGGCAACCAGAUUGGUCCAGAGGCCCAAACCGAAACCACGUCAACAGGAGAGACCAGGCACAGCUACCAUGACGAUUGGACCCAAUAGACGUCAGCAGGUCGAGAGACGAGGAAUCACUCCUGAACCAGGACCAAGAUCUUCUACUCCGUACACAGCCAUGUUGGCACAACUCAGCAACUCAGGAACUCUCAGGGGCAGAGAGCCCGUAGUGAGUCCUCGUAUCAAUCCUGGUAUGAAGGCUAAACCCAGAGCUCAUGAACCUGUGCCUUAUGUAGAUAGACUCAAACAGAGCGCAGCUGAAGCUUCACCGACGACUAAACACAAGUCUGUGUAUGGUACAAGACCAGUACCAACAGGAACCUAUUACACCCGUAAAGCAGCACCCCUCCGAAGCCCCUCCCCGAGACACCAGCCAUAUGAGAUGGGUACGCGACAAGCAGGAAGGGGGGAGGAAGAGAUGUCUGAUGUGAGCGCGCUCAGUCCAUGGAGUGUCUCGGAUGACGUGAGGAGAUUGUUGGAGGAAGAUGAUGACUUUGAUGAAGGUCUACCCACGAUUACCGAGCCCCAGUACGAGAUGAGUGACCUAGGUGAGCAGGACUAUGAUGGAGAUUACGCUGCCUCCGUUGAUGUCCGUGAACUGGAAGAGAUCGCAUCGAUUGGAAGCGGUAGCAUCAUGAGCAACAUUGACUGGGAUGCUAUUGAUGAGAUGAUACAAACCGUCAAGUGAACAAUACCAACCAUUACAGACCCCAGUACAAGAUGAGCGAUGUCGGUGACAAGGGCUCUGAUGCCGCUUCCAUUGAUGUCCAUGAACUGGAAGAGAUCGCAUCAGCUGGCAGUAGCAUCAUGAGCAAUAAUGACUGGGAUGCUAUUGAUGAGAUGUUUCAAGCUGUCAAGUGAACAGUGGUAAUUCAGUGCAUCUGUGAUCCUGUGUACACCGGAAACUGGAAAAAUGCAAGCGGACACUCCUCAAGUUCCAUACUGCCUUUUUUUUUCUCAUGCAUCAAUGAGUCCUUUCUUUUACUCAUAAGUUAUGAAAAGGCAAGAGAUAAUUCACAGUGUUUAUAUGAGCCCUGUUGCAAUUGAGAAUGUUCCAGCAAUGCAUUUUAUCACACCAACUCGUAAUUUCCCAAAUUUUCUCAAACAUAGCAUCACAGCUCCCAACGUAUGUAUGAUAUUGCAGCAAAUUUCUCAUGUAUAUUUUGUCGCAUAAGCCCCAUGUAUACUAAAAUAAAUAUCACAGUUGCAGUGAUAUUUCUUCCACGACUAAAGUCACAGAUGAGUUUAAAAUAUUUUUUUCGAUCAAAAUUUGUUCACGAAUUGCUGGUGGAACAAAUUGAAAUUGAAUGUGAACCAGGCAUGUGCAUGAUCGAUUGAUGCCGCUUCCGAGGUAUGGGCUCACGACCAAUUGCCAAUUGCCUCUUCGAUCAAACCUUUUUUUUCAUCUGUGUAUCUACAUCUCAUACUCCAUCAAACAUGACCUUGUAAGGUUGAGCUCUGUAUUUUCUUUAACAAUAUUCAAAAGAAUCAAAUGUGAAGUAAGGUCUUCCCAAUCGAUCUGAGUGUGAGUUUGUUUGGCCUCCUUGGAAAGCAAUAGACUUCAGAGAGCUACUCAGUGGACAAACUUGACCUCAUCGUCUGUCUGAAUGAGACUCCACUGCCUUUUCCCUAGCUCUUUUUAGCAGUUUCAGUUCUACUUGUGCUUGACAACCCAAUAGUAUUUGCUAGUUUAGGUAUCACAAAGGUGUCGGUGAACUGAUUAUCACUAGUCAUGCCUGCAAAGCCUUCUCAUUCACCUCCAACCUUGCUGUUUUUCUGUGCAUUCUCCAGCCUCACUUAUGUGCUGGAGGCCCGUACCACCCUGUGGAUGCCCUCCAGUGAAAACACCGUAUUCACUGGACUGGAGGUGAUGUAAGCCUAUCUUUCAGGUCCCUAAAUGCUUGUUCUUGCUUUUAACCUCAGUGCCACCGAGGAAGGACUGGCCGACCUGCAACCUUCCUUCUGAAAGUAAGGCCAACAUGGUUACUCUCAAGGACACCUCUCUUAGCCACUUUGAAUAGCCAUCUUAUAGCCUAAAUCAAUGAAUGCAAGUGAAAAAUGUUGCUUGCCUUGACUGACUGAUGCAUCACUUACCUUUCGUUUUACCAAUUUUAUCAAAACUUGAAAAAAUGGAAUCCAUACCAGUUAAUGUGUUAAAAAAUACAUACAUUAAUUAAAAAUGUAUCUUCUUUCUUUAUUUUUUAUUGAUGAUAAAAAAAAUCAAUAUAUGAAUCAAACAAAAAUGACC